AUGUAUGGUACGGAACGCAAACGGCAACAACAGCAACAGCAGUCUCAGCCGAAUGUCGCACCUUUUCCUCCACCAGGAGUACAGCCUUCUAGUGCGAUAUCUCAACAACCUCCUUACUCUACAGUGCAAGAAAGCGGAGCAGGUUAUCAACAACAGACUGAAAUACCCGGCCCUUUACCGCAAGGAAGCAGCAAUCUGCAGUACCCGGAUCAAUCACAGGGAGGGCAAAGUGACUAUGGAUUUGGUCAGACAAUUCAGCCCACACGCUUCACUAACCAAUUCGUUCCUGUAACACCCGACAGCGGAAGUUACACACCUGAAUCACAAACUGUGCCUCCAGAUAGCGGAUUUUACAAUAGCGCAAAUGCAGGGUAUCAGUCACCGCAGUCGAACUUCUAUUCAACAGGCGACAAUAAUUUCAAUACGGCAUCUCCUCAGUUUCCAAUUCUAAAUCCUGCAACCACUUCCUACAACAACGAAAAUGCUGGAAAUCGAGAGGAUUACGGUCAAGCUUCAGGACAGUACUACAACGAAGGCAAUACUGCAAUUCCCAACCAGUCCGCUAUGCCUCAGAACGAAUGGACAACUACCCCCAACUAUCCUUACCCAGGUGGAGUGCCUCAGAUACAGCCAUCUACAACCGCAAACUAUAUUGCACCCCAAGUCUGGGACGGAGGCAUGUAUUCGUCUUCUUCCGGGAGCAGCUCCCCACCCCCAAAUUUUGUUGGGCAAGAACAAAAUAAUCAAGGCUAUGAGUUCCCAAAUUCAGCCGGUCUCCCACAAAAUGGGGCAACAUCCUUAGCAACCCCAAGCAAUGAUUAUGUGAUUAACAACUGGCAGUCUACAACGCCUUCAUCACAGUGGAUGCCGGAAGCCCCAUACUCCAACAUUGACCCUUCGCAGAAUCAAGGUGCGACUCCUGGGGACUCUUCAAUCAAUCGGCAGUUUGAACAGUCGACUACGCCUCCAGGUAGUCAGUAUUACGUAACUUCUUACCCUCCAGCGUCAGUCACUCCUCCACCGAGCAUGGCCACAUCCGCAAUGUGGCCACAGGGCGAUAUCACACAGGGCUAUCAGUCUACGCAGGAAAGCACUCAGGGAUAUCAAACUACGCAGGGAUUUAUUUCAACUACGGAAGCAUCGCGAAUGACUACAACAAAUUACGAUGACGGGCAAAGUUCCGGCCUUCCUGCUUCUGCUACCACUAAAUAUGGACAAAAUGCCUCCGGAAUUUAUGUACAAGCCCCACCUCAGCAAGAAUCUUCAACACAAAAUGUCGCAGCGUCAGCCUCAUACAGACCAAUGAGUGACGAAUCUCAAACAGCAACUCAGGGGCCUCUGAGUCCAACAAUGGGUACAGGCGUUACUCCUACCCAAAGUGCUGGCAGUGGCCCGAAAUACGACUUCCAGCAUAAUAUGAACACCGUAUAUGGAAACUACGAGAGUUGGCCAAGUGCCACUCGACAGCUUAAUGAUGCGAGUUUCACGAGUUCUCCAGAGCUUAGCAGUUCGGCCAGCAGUAUGGCUUUCGCGAUCCUCACCGUUACAAUAGCGGUAUUUCUAUAA